GAGAACCGCAACAAUUCGAUAAAUGAGCUACUCAAACACAAGUUAAUCGUGUUAAUAGUAGUGCGGAGAGCGGCGGGCAUCUCACAUCACACAUAUAAUAUAACGCGUGCGGCCGCAGUUCGUUUGGCACAGGCAAUAGUAAAUAAACCAUGAGAGAGAAUUUUCACUAAGACACAUUAUUUUUACGAAAUAUCGCAUAAAUUUCCCCCCUCAAAACAUCGGUCCGCUAUAGUAGGGAAAAACGCGACGCACAACUGGAAAUAGAAGUUGUUCAAGCUCUGUAACAUUACUUUAUUUCAGUAUGCAUUUACAUAUCGAACAACAAACUGUACGCGAGUGAUUAUAUCUAGUUGUAACCGACAACAAAUAAAUUUAAGAUAAGUUAACAACAACAUUAGCAGCAGCAAAUAUUGGAUAAGAAUUGAUCUCGUUGAAGUAUUUUCAACCGCUUGAAGUGGUUAAGGGGAAAGUGAACAUGCAUGCCAUUAAGAGGGUUUGCUCGCAAUUACAUCCAAAUCGGGUGCCAAACAGAUUGAGAGGUCGUUCGAGGCCAAAACGCGAAACUCUCGACCCCAUCGUCGGCGCCGUCGAAGAGGAGCUCGAGGUACCUCAAGCAUCGGAAAUCGUAUUUCGCAAGAAGUGGCGCAUUAAGAAGUUCCACAAAACCAUAGCCAAACGCGAUUCCAUCGACAGUCCCGUAUUCCAUUGCUCCGUCAACGGCGUCACCACCUCCUGGAACAUAUCUAUAAGAUUUUGGAAAGGACCUAACGGAAAGAAGGUGCUGAACCCGUUAGUCGUUUGUUUAAACUUGACAGGAUGCGAGACGGAGGAAAUGAGUCAGGCUCGGGUCAGAUUCCAGUUCGGUGUUUGGGAUGCAAACAUCAGACAUUGGGAGUGCUGUCCCAUAGCCAACGUGGUGCUCAAUUUAGAGAACACCCAAGAACUACUCUCCGUAGGCUACAAGAGUUUAGGGAUAUUAGAUAGGCACAUAGACAAUGAUAACGAUGUUAGUAUUUUGGUUAAAAUACAGAUCAUCCAAACGGAAGAGGAAAGGCACAAUCUGUCUCAGGAUCUGGCAAGGAUCAUGAACAAAACUGGCGACGAAUACGUCGAUACUCUAGUUGAGUGCGGCGUUGAUCCCGAGGACAUCUUAAGAUCAGACGAUAGUCUGAAUUCCGAAAACAGCAGGGAAACCAAUCUCAAAGUGAACAGUCUGAUUAUAAAAGCGCGCAGCCCGAUGUUAGCAGUUAUGCUCAUGUCACAGAACGACAAUGAUCAAUUUAAGUACAAAUUGGAUUUAAAGGAAAUUAAUUAUAGCUUGGUGAAGGAGCUGUUCCGCUAUAUGUACACCGAUAAGGUGGAUGGUAUAGACGCGCUUUGCGGGAAACUGCUUUCGCUAAGCGUGAAGUUCUGCAUCCCUGGAUUGCAGACUCUCUGCGAAAGGGCUCUAUUGGAGACGAUCACACCUAACAAUGUAGCCAAUAUCCUUUUACUCGCCGACCAAUGCAAGUGCGAGAGCUUAAGAAAAGCUGCGCUCCAUUAUUGCGAGGAUUCCGAUACCAUCAAGGAUAAUGCCGUCAUUGGUAAAACCUUGGCUUGGAGAGUAAUGGAAAUGGUGAACCCGGAAUUGUUCUUGGAGGCGUGCGAGAGUAUUAAUAGUUCAUCCAGUAAUCUGGACAGUCCUUCUACUCCUGGUUCUUACAGCGACUUUGACGUUUAACUUAUGGUCACUCCUUUUAAUUAAGUAUUACAAUUUGUAAAUAUUUCAAAUUAUCACACACGCUUACU